AGAAGAAGAAAAAGAAAAUUCCACGAGAAAAGAUGGAGCAAAUGAUUCUGCAAAAGAAUGACGAGAUGGAACUAUCUCCGAAUGCGAUAGACAUGGCCUAUCAAGUGGAAACUCCGGUGACAUCACACUGUGUGGAUACACAAGAGAAUCCAGAGGCACAUGUAUGUGCACAUACAGUGUCGGCUGCAGCAAUGCCAUCCUUGGUGUGUGAGCGUAACAUGGAGGGCUUUGGUAGUGAAGCGUCAGAAGAUUCCGACAGUGACAGCUCCUCUACAUCAUCAUCUUUUUCAUCUCCCACUGUGUUUGAAAAUGCUGCUGACGACGAGGAUUUAAGCCAACCAGCUCCCUUCAAAACAAAAGAUGAAAUUUUACUUGAGGAUUUGCCAGCGGUGGAAGAGCUGACUGUGUCACUACCAGAUGAUGUUGAACUAAAGCCAGUAGGAAAAGUAUCUAGUAUCAUACAACAGCUCGUAAUAAUCCAGUCUCUACAAGACGCACCCGCUUUAAAUGAUGACAGCAUCAUCUUUCGAUCCGAUCGACAAGCUUUGGGCAAGGUUUUUGAAGUCUUCGGUCCUGUAUCCAGACCUCUGUAUAUCUUGCGUUUUAACUCUUUUGAUGAUCUAAGCAGUAAGACGCUGACACUUGGACAAAUUGUUUAUUACGCUCCAGAUAUGAAAGAGUACACUGAAUACGUCCUCCUGCAACAACUUCAAAGUUUAAAGGGCUCAGAUGCAUCCUGGAAAAAUGAUCAAGAGCCCCCAGUCGAGGCUUUAGAUUACAGUGAUGAUGAAAAGGAGCAGCAAGCCAAGAGGAGAGUGAAAAACACAAAAAAGCAGCACAACAACACAGAAAGUCUUAGAGUGAACAGUCUCCCGCCUCACCGUGUAACACCGAGACGUACGGGCGCUCCAUUCAGUCAUCCCAAUGUAAACACCAACCAACCACCUUUUCGUCACUCGAGUCAGCCACCCCUGCGCAGAGAUGUUCCCCGAGGAUACCAUGCUCCUCCGUGCCUCUAUCCACCUCAUCCUCCUCCCCCAAUCUCCUUCCCACUAUUCCCCCCUCCAUCAUUUUUCAGUCAAUCAUACACCUCUCCACUCUGGCUACCAAAUUCUGUCCCAUUCUCAAAACUCCAUCCUCCUCCUCCUCCUCCCCCACCACCACCUCCUCCACAAUGAAACCAACGUGGAUUUUUUUUUUUUUAGGCCGAUGCCGAUUCCAAUGUGCCAUAGAAAAAAUCCAAAGACUGAUUAAUCGGCUGAUUCAUUUAAAAAA